CUUUUUUUAUUUACCCAGUUAAAAUGUAAUCCUGCAUGAUUUUAACAUGGUUGUUAUUUUAUUUAUGGGUUUUACCAGUCACUUAUUUCUUGUUUAUACUUCUUGAUGCAUUUAAAUACAUGUAGGGUGGAAUUUUGAAGAUGUUUUGUGGUAAAACUGCACCUUUUUGUAUUUCCUAUGGCAUGAAAAUGGUUAAUGGGAAAAUAACAUUGCCAACUCUGUGAAUGAGCUCCUUGAGGGUUCAAAUGUUCUGUACUGAAGAGAUGAAAUGAAGUUAAACCAGUUUACUGAGAGCUGAUGAGGAGUGGCAGGUGUUUGUGGAAUGAGACACACCUGUGUGUUAAAGUUGAUUAAAGAGUCAAACCAGGAAACAGUUUGUUACUCUUCAUCACUACGGAGAGACGAACGGACUGAAAACCAGACGAUCAGAUUCACCUUCAGACCAAACUAACAACUUCCUCUGAGUUCAGCUACAGGAGAGAAAAGAGGAAACUACAACACUGCUGCUUUCACCUGAGGACCCUCCACCCCCUGAAGCUUCACUCAGAGACAACAUGGCUUCCAGAUCCAACAAUGGAGCGGCAGAAAACCUGGGGGAGCUUCAGGUGUUGUAUCAAACAGCAGGACACCUGACAGUCCAGGCCCGACGCACAGAGACACAGAUUAAGAAGCAGUUUAAGAAGCUUCACCAGUUUCUAGAAGAGGAAGAGGAGGCCAGGAUGGCUGCACUGAGGGAGGAAGAGGAGCAGAAGAGGAGGAUGAUAGAGGAGAAGAUGAAGGCUGUGGGCAGAGAGAUAGCAGAUCCACAGCUGCCCUCAGGAGCUCUGAUAGACCAGGCCAAACACCUGGGCAACCUCAGCUUCAACAUCUGGAGCAAGAUGAAGGACAUGGUGUCCUACUCUCCUUUCGUCCUGGACCCAAACACUGCUGGUUCUGACCUCAUCCUGUCUGAAGAUCUGACCAGUGUGGGACGAGGAGAGGAACAGGAACGUCCUGAUAAUCCAGAGAGGCUUGAUUAUGUCUACUCUGUCCUGGGAUCUGAGGGCUUUAACUCAGGGACUCACAGCUGGGAGGUCCAGGUUGGAGGCAGUACAGAAUGGAAACUGGGUGUGUCAGUAGAGUCUGCACAGAGGAAGGGAAUCAUAGGGUCUGGAUUAUGGAGAAUAGAUUAUCAUCAAGGUAAAUACUCAGCAGGGUCACCAUCAGAUCCAGAAACUCCUCUCGGCCUGAAGGAGAAACUCCGGAGGGUCAGAGUGAGUCUGGACUGGAACAGAGGAAAGCUGUCGUUCUCUGAUCCUGACACUAACACACCCAUACACACCUUCACACACACUUUCACUGAGAGGAUGUUUCCAUACGUUUCUACUGAGGAUGAAGUGAAGAUAUUACCAGGGAAGGUGUGUGUGACAGUGGAUCAUAGCAGUUAGAUAAACAGGAGGAUUAUAUCUCUGAUGGAGUUCAUUUCUCAGAGAGGAAUUAACUAAAGCUGCACCUGUUUAGUUUGAAUGAUUGUUAUUUAGUUGGAAGGUUUCCUUUUUGUAUCUAUGAUCAACUUUUAUUAAACUGAACUCCAUGCACUUAGCUUAACUUCUUCUCCUUAACACGUGGGACCAACCAAAGCUUGUAAGAACGAUGUUUCUCCAUAACUCUCAUUAACAUGGAGUUUGAUUCAGAGGCAAUGAGAGGAAGAGCUUUCUUCACAUGAUCAAUGAGUUCAGACCUUUAUGUCGGGUUAGUUUAACCUUUUCUGUUUCUUUGAUUCUGUGUCAUUUUAAAUUGUUGUUCAUUUCUGAUUUGUGUGUGACGGGAUCCAGAGUAAAUACAAACAUGUAUCCACCUGAA